AUGGCUCAGAAUUACUUGACCGGCGCUUGCCUCUGCAAGAACAUAGUAUACCGUAUUAUGUUGCCCGCGUCAGAAUCAUUCCCUAAGGUCAUUAUCUGUCACUGCACCAAUUGCAAACGCUAUACCGGCUCCAGCUUUUCCGCCAAUAUCAUCGUGCCACAAUCUAGUCUGGAGUACGUCAAGGGGUCACCCAAGUUGUAUUUGGAUCGCGGCAACAAGGGCGGACAGGUAUUGCGCGAGUUCUGCCCUGAUUGUGGUACGCCGUUCACGUCACGAUCAGGCGAUGAUGAAGAAGUCGUUGCGGUGAAGUCGGGAACACUCGAUGAAGAGCACCGACUUAAUUGUGCGAAAUUGGUAACGGAAAUAUACUACCAUCGAAAGGAUAAAUGGGUGGAUGAUAUGGGGAAUGAGGAUGUUCAGAGGAUCAAUGGUAGUAUGGGCGGUUAG